AUGGCAGACUAUAUCGACACCAAAGUGGUGGUGCCAGGGACCAGAGGCCACGGGAUCCUCCGGUACUACGGUGCCAUCAGGGGCAAGAACGGAGUGUUUGCUGGAAUAGAAUUGAUUGGGCCUACGGCUGCCACCAGAGGAAAGAACUCGGGAGACGUGGAGGGCAUCCAGUACUUCAGAGUAGAAAUCCCACUGACGGGACUCUUUCUCCCCAUCGACAGGCUUGCUGCCGUCAACCCACACCUCGUGGGGCUUGCGCUGGCACCUCCAUCCAGCAGGAACAGCAUUUCCAGCAUGCCCAGCAUGGCCAGCUCCACGGCAAAUCACAGUAAAACCGCUAUCUUGAACGAGCUCAGGGCCACUGUGGACGAGAUCCAGCCCUUGCUUCAGGACUAUGAGGUCCAGCUAAGCGAAAAGGAUAAGAAAAUGACAAAGCAAAAGGCUGACUUCGAGAGAGCCAGAGAAGAAUGGAGAGAAAGCAUCGACUUGAUGUCCAUCGCCCACCAAGAAAACGAGGCCUACUACGAAAAACAGGUAGACUUAAUUAAUGAGAAAUUGUUAGCUUUGGCUAAGGAAUCCGAGGAAGCGGCGCAGUUGAAGCUUGCAGGUGAUGAGGAAAUAGCAAAGUUGAUGCUUCAAAUCGACGACUUGAAAAUGGAAAUCAUCAUGGCCGAAAAGAAGACCCUGCAGCAACGCGACUUGGAAGGCACUGUGGACGAGUUGAAACAUGAGUUGAGUAUAAGACCAACCUUCAACGAACUUGUGGAUCUCCAGACAUCGUUGGACGAGCUUGAAACUCUCCACAAGAAGGAAUUGGAUUCAACCGAGCAGGAGUUGAGACGGGUGAUUGGCGAGAACAAAGACCUCCAAAAGAAACUUGAGCAGGUGCUCACGGAACAAGUGGAGAAUGCCAAGAAGGAGAUAAGCGAUAGAGAGUUGGAAAAGAGCUUGGGAGACGAGGAGGAGUCUCUGGCCCUUCCAAUCUACAGCCCAGGUAAGGUUGACCCCAGUGCCGGCAAAAACGACUGGUGUGGUCUCUGUGAAAGAGACGGCCAUAGCAGUAUCAACUGCCCUUAUGAAAACGACAUCUUCUAG